AUGAGUCCAAAGAAAACAGGAGUCCUGCUCAAUGGCAUAUACUUUGCCGGGCGAGAAGUACACAACUCACAAACAAAACAGACAGACAUUGAAGGAGAGGUACACAACAAACAACACAGACAUAAACUGAAGGAGAAGCACACAGCUUGCAAACAACACAGGCAAACAGUGAAUGAGAAGCACACAACUUACAAACAACACAGAGAGACAGUGAAAGAGAAGCACACAGCUUACAAACAAUACAGACAUACGGUGAAUGAUAAGCACACAAUUCACAAACAACACAGACAUACAGUGAAGGAGAAGCACACAGCUUACAAACAACACAGACAUUCAGUGAAGGAGAAGCACACAGUUCACAAACAACACAGACAGACAGUGAAAGAGAAGCACACAACAGUGAAUGAGAAGCACACAGAUUCCAAACAAUACAGACUGACACUAAAGGAGAGGCACACAGCUUACAAACAAUACAGACAGACAGUGAAGGCGAAGCACACAACUUACAAACAACGCAGACUGAUAGUUAAUGAGAAGCACACAGCUUACAAACAACACCGACAGACAGUGAAGGAGAAGCACACAGCAUACAAACAAUACAGACAUACAGUGAAGGAGAAGCACACAGUAUACAAACAACACAGACAGACAGUGAAGAAGAAGCACACAACUUACAAACAACACAGACAUACAGUGAAGGAGAAGCACACAGUUCACAAACAACACAGACAUACAGUGAAAAAGAAGCACACAGCUUACAAACAACACAGACAUACAGUGAAAGAGAAGCACACAGCUUUCAAACAACACAGACAUACAGUGAAAGAGAAGCACACAACUGUGAAUGAGAAGCGCACAGCAUACAAACAAUACAGGCAAACAGUGAAGGAGAAGCACACAGCUUACAAACAACACAGGCAGACAGUGAAGGAGAAGCACACAGCUUACAAACAACACAGACAGACAGUGAAUGAGAAGCACACAGCUUACAAACAACACAGACAGACAGUGAAGGAGAGGCACACAGCUUACAAACAAUACAGGCAGAUAGUAAAGGAAAAGCACACAGCUUACAAACAAUACAGACAGACAGUAAAGGAAAAGCACAUAACUUACAAACAAUACAGAAAGGCAUUGAAUGAGAAGCACACAGCUUACAACGACAUAUACAGACAGUAA